GAUCUCUCAAGGUCGUUGCGGUUUCGGCUACUGAUACUAGUUUUACAUGAGCAAGAUUUAUUGUGAAUUAUUUGCCAACAAGAUAACAUAAACUCCAAUCAUUUAUGAAGAAGUUUGUUGUGUCUGCUCCUGCGAAAGCUAUAUUAUUUGGUGAGCAUGCUGUUGUAUACGGUUAUCCAGCUAUCGCUGCUACAAUUGACUUACGGUGUUAUUUUACAGUUACCAUUAAGAAUGAAGCUUGUGAAGAUAUUAUUAUAGAUUUUAAAGAUUUAUCAGAAAAUAGCAUUCAUAUUCCAAUCAAAAUGCUUCAUUCUAUUUCAAAUAAAGAAUCUGUUAUGGAUUACGCAUGGAAAUUAGUGUCAGAUCUUUUUGAUUGUGCUUAUCAUGACUCUCUUCAUGAUUCACCUAUCAUUGUUAGCACAUGUGUCAUAGUAUAUCUGUUUAUUCGUGCUACACAACUACGAAGCGAUGAGUGUAGCAAUCAACAAUUCCCAAUGUUUAAUGGAAAAAAUGCCAUAUGUAUAGAAAUUCAGUCAGAUAUGCCUAGUGGAUGUGGCCUAGGAUCAUCAGGUGCAUUUUCAGUCGCUGCUACUGCUACCAUUCUGUUAUUAACUAACAAUUAUCCACUUGUACAAGUUUGGGACAUUGAUAAGAUUCAACGUAAAUUAAUAUCUUCUUUGGCUAGAGACGCUGAAUGCAUCAUUCAUGGAAAAUCUUCAGGAUUAGAUAGUACAAUAUGCACAUAUGGAGGUACUAUAGUUUUUCGGAAAGACCAACUUCCUUUAUUUCAGGAAAUUAACAUUUCAAAUUUCGAUACUGUCAAAUUACUCAUAGUCAAUACUAACAUUACUCGUUCCACAUCUCUCGCUGUACGGAAGGUUUAUGAUAAGUGGAAGGAAGAUAAAACGUGUGUAAAUUCUAUUUUCAAAGAAAUAGGUAUCAUCGUGGACGAAGUAAUUGAUAUUUUGAAUCAGAAAGAUAACUGUGAAAUUAGUCGAUCUCUUACUCGUCAUAUCGUUAGAAAUCAACAUUUGCUUGAAGAAUUGGGAGUGUCACAUUCUGUUUCAAACGAAAUUAUUGAAGAAUUAAAACUAGUUGGUAUUCCAGCGAAAGUCACUGGAGCAGGUUUCGGGGGUUGUGUACUUGGAUUUAUUCUAGGGGUAGAUUAUGAUAAUUCAGAGCUUAAUGAUCUUAUCAGCAGGUGGCAUACACGUUCUUUAUGGGCUCAAGUUACUUCUAUUGAAGCUACUGGUGUGAAAUAUAACUCUCAUUUUUUAUAAAUCCUUGUUCUUCAUGAACAUCUCAAAAGUAAAAUUACUUAAUCAACAGUGGAGAGAUUGAUAGUCUGAUUUGAAAAAUGUAUCCAUUAGUUAUGGAUAUUUACAGAUGUUCGUAGUGUAUAUUGAGUAAAUAACCUUGUCAGUUAUGUAUUUAUCAAUUAUCCAUAUGCUUUGUCGCAGUACAUUCAAAAUAUCGAUGUAGUUCAUUUUUAAGUUCAGCACAAACAAGGUGUUGAAGUAGUUCUAUGCCGGGUAAUACUAUUUUUAGUCUAAUUAUUCGGACUAUGUUGAUUGUGUUAAGUUAGGUUGAUUGGUAAUUAUAUUGGAUAUGUACAACUGCUAGGUUGAUUGUAGUUGUUACGACUUUCUUCUGGUCAUACUUCAACUAAUUACGAGUCCUCUAACAAGCCUACUGCAUACGACAGUCAAUCGCUAGCCUACUCAAUAUCACAUUGUGGUGUGAAAAAUUGGGUUUUCACCAAGCAGGUAGGCUCUUUGAAUUCAUUGAGUUCAAUGCUCUGGUGACAUAGAAAAGUGUCAAUACACUAAAUAACAGGUUCUCAGUAAUUUCUGUCUAAUUUUUGGCACCCCAAUCACAAUUGGUCCGUAACGGAAGUCUCUAAUCAACCACUGAGACCGUAUGAUGGGUGAAAAAAGUUAUUUCGGAACAAAUUUACCACAGCUUUCUUUCCAGCAAACCUAAACAGCUAAUGACGAGGUUUUUUCGUAUUAAAUGUGUAAAACUGGUCACGUGUUUGUAGGUUAUUACAGACUUAUAAUAUACGCGUACUCAGUCACCAUGUGGGUCAUACGAAAAACACAUGACUGUCGGAAACCUUACAAACCGCAUUUUGUUUAUUGUUUUAGCUUAAAACAGCUUGUAAAUGUCUGUGGGAUAGUCGCUGAGCUUACAGCUUUCAUCAACAUGCAGACAUUGUUGCAAUUUGCUGGGUUUUACUACAAGAUUCUUACAUUUUUGUCAUAUAUUCUUAUUCACAAGAGGUGAUUGCCAAAUUGAUGACAGUGUAUCACGGGGUAGUACAAACAAUACAACUUGCCAGUUGAAAAAGGUUUAACAAACAGUGAAAAAAGUUCCAGCGCAAGAUUAUACCAAUAAAGAGAAUAAAGACAGUUUGAGUGAAGAGAAUUUCCUUUCCAAUGACGUCAAUUACUGGAGCUAUGCAGUCGUAUUUAUAGUUAUCUCUUACACACAGCAGUCCAUAAUAGAGUGAGGAAUUGUUGCUUCACUAAUAGAUGUAAUAAAAGCUAGUCAAAAUCUGAACCCACGUCAAAGGGAAAUAAGAAUGUAAAUAAUAAAUGGAAGUGGGUGCGCACUGCUGAGUCCCACAUUAGGAUGAAACAGCCAUCCAAUGUUUCCAGGUUUUCCUUGGUGAUCUAGUUUAAAUCGACUCAUGGAUUCAGUUGUCAAAUAGAAGUGAGUUAUACAGGUUUGUUAAUUUGAUAACUAUAAGGAGUAUGGAUGAAACACGUCAAAAGUAACUAAAAAUAAUUAACAUUCACGAUCUUUGAAGUACACUCAAAAAGUAGCACAUCUACAAUCUAGGAUAUGUUUAAGAUCAUACGCCGAUCUAAACUAGACAAACAUCAAGAACAUGAAACCACUGGAUGCCCGUUUCGUCCUUGUAUUGGACAUCUUACUGAUGUGCAUCUACGACUUCACCAUCGAGGAUCGAAUCCGGUACCUUCAGUCUCGCGCGCGAACCCUUACUCUUUAGACGGCUGAGCCAGGAUCUUAUGAUGUACGAGGCUAAUACCAAUCAAUUCACGAUAGUACUCGAUCGUCUAGGAUAUCAUUUAUUUAACGAGACCAGGUUAACCAAUUUCUAAACUCUGAGUUUAAGAUAAAUGGUAUUGUAUGUCUUAUUUUUAUCACUUAUAUGAAGGUUGACAAUGUAAUAAUUAUAACUUUGCAACUGAUCAAUCCAAUAACACCAACUUAUACUCGUUUUGUUGAAGAGUGAAAAUAAAAAUAGCGUCUAGUCAUAACACCAUCCAUUUGACUGGUCAGCUGAGUUUUGCACAUAACACAUAAACACAUCUAUUUAAUUCAGAAAAAAAAACUGUGGAAACAAAAUUUGAAGAUAUUUCAAGUGUGAUUUACAAAUGAAUUGACCAAUUAAAUUUUCCUUAUAUUCUAUAUCUAAUGAAGAAGUACUUGAAAAGUGAAAAUUAAAAGAAAAAAGUCGCCAAAUCUGACGAAAUAAAUAAAAAUAAUUACCUGAGACAAUCUUUAAGAUGAAUAAUAACAAUGAACAUAGGGUUAAAAUGCAAUUGUAGAGAAGACCAACUAAAAGUAACUUUCUUUGAGAUUAAUUUGAAAGAAAAAGUCCAGAAUUUCUGUGAUUAUAGAUUUAGUAAUAUACAAUAAAUAGGUAUGUGCAAUAUGCGUAUUAUGAUUUUCUAUGAUCAAUAUCAAGUAAUAAUUCAGCGGCUAUACCAGGAGCGAUUUCUCGGUUGAAUAGUAAUGUUUCGAUUUCUUUUUGUUUCUCUAGAAUAAGUGGACUGUUUUUAAAUCUACGCCAAACCUCCUCUUUAACAAAUGUCCACAUCCAUAUCUAAUGUAAGAAAAUAUAGAGAAACAAUAUAAUGUCGGAUUACCGGCGACGUUUUUUAGUGUUCAAUAUACGUGUUGUGUUUGAAUUUCUUAGUCAUUUUUCUAUUUUAAUGCGAAAUCCUUGCCGCCGAUUUCAUUACAAGAUCUAGAUUUCGCUAUAUUUGUGUAUGGGUUAAAGUGUGCAUAAGUCUAGAGAAAUGAAAUGGAAUUUUCAAUGAAAAUUAUGCUACAAUACAUAUCACUCACCUACUAAAUAAAGAGGAAAAAUUACGGAAAUGAUGGAUAAAACACCAUUAUUGGAACAUCAAAAACGUUAACGAGAACACUGUCCCACUUAUCUGUAGUCUUGUGCGGCUUAAAUAUGCUAAUUUAUCUGAGCAAAUUUUUUUCUUUCCUAAGGUAUUCAUUAAUAGGAUGCAAAUAAUCUAUCACUGACAAUGAACUCACACUUACUUAUAGCUUUCACAGUGAUGUUGAUAUGAUAGAAAGAAAAGUCAAUUAUUGAUUGAAUUACUCAUUAUGAGUUUUACUCAACAUUACAUCCGUUUUGAUUCAACGUGAGGAUCAUUCAGUGAAGUAUUUGAUUUGUUUUCCCAGUAUGAUAUUUUCUGUAUAAUAUACGAUGUUCUUGUAUUCAGUUGACAUGAUCUAUGCUAAGUAAGUGAUUUGUUAUAACUGAGUAUGUGAUUUAAUCCUAAUUAUUAAUCAAAAUGGGUGUACCAUCAAUAUAUAAACCAGUGUAUUUUAGACUAUUGUGAUUCAUUAUUAUUUGUAUCAUCAUCGUCGUAGUGUUUUGGGGCUAAUAAAUCUUCACUUAUACCA